AUGACCACCAAAGCAGCAAGACUACCACUACAACGGCCGCAGGAAUCGCCGCAAUCUCUGGAGCCUCAAAAGCCACAGGGGCCGCAAGAAUUGCAGCCACAAACCGGCGCCUCUUCGAGCACAGGCGCAAUAUCAGAAGCGACUCCAAGACCAAAGGUCUACCUGACUGGUUCAGAGGCGCUUGUCUGGGAUUUUCAAGAUGUCAAGCAUCUUAGGCAGACACACAGGAUAGUCGGCUCCCUCGCCGGGUCUCUCCCUCUGAAUCCGAUGCAAAAUAUUUUUCAAGGACUCCCACUUCGGCUCUUGCCAGAAGAAGCCCACGCCCUAUGGAGUAAAGGAUUAGUCGAUUUCAUCGAUGAGAGUCGAUCCUAUGGUCGACCGUUGGACGCAGCAGUAUCUGAACUACCUGCGGAUUCUAUAACAAUACUAGAGCAAGCCAGCACCACGGCCAGGACUAGGGCCAAAAGCGGAUCAGACCAUAUUGUCCUCCACAGGCGUUCCGAUACACUAUCCUAUUACUCGCCUAUCGUAGUCGCUCGAUCUUCCAGCGCAGACUACAACUCUGUAACGGAAAAGCGCAAUAACCAACAGUUCACAGCCGAUGUUCGCUCCGUAUGGAGCUAUCCCGCGUCCACGCGAGAUCGACAAAAGUCCUCCGCGUUCAUGUACCUUUGGGCCACUGAAAAGUACUUUCUCGCGCCGGGAAUGAAGUUUGGCGGCGACUACCUUCUCUAUAAAAACGAUCCGCUGAUCUGUCAUGCGAGCAUGAUCGCCACGAUCGAAGAUCGCGAUCAGCCACUAUCUUUGCUCGAUCUCGCCACUCGUGCGAGGUUGGCAUCUACAGUUCAAAAACAGCAUUUGAUCUGCUCGCUUGGCGGUAAUGAUCAGCUUAUGCAACGUGCGGAUUCGACGACCUCAAUGCAGUCGAAAAGGACGGCAAGUUCAGGAGCGGAAGAGCAACCGCAACCAUCCAACGACAGUGUUGUGAUGUUUGAACUCGAAUGGGCUGGGUUUUGA